AUGGUGUUCAAGCACUAUGUGGAAAUUGGCCGGGUGCCCUACAUUUCCUUUGGGCCCCAUGAAGGCAAGCUGGUAGCCAUCGUGGAUGUAAUCGAUCAGAACUGGGCUUUGGUGGAUGUCCCAUGCAGUGGGGUACGGAGGCAGGCCAUGCCAUUUAAAUGUAUGCAGUUCAUAGACUUCGUUCUCAAGUUCCCCCACAGUGCUCAUCAGAAGUAUAUUCGGGCUGCCUGGGAGAAAGAAAAUAUCAAUACAAAAUGGAAAGCCACAAGAUGGGCCAAGAAGAUUGAAGCCAGAGAAAGGAAAGCCAAGAUGACAGACUUUGAUCGUUAUAAGGUCAUGAAGGCCAAGAAGAUGAGAAACAGAAUGAUCAAGCAUGAAGUGAAGAAGCUGCAGAAGGCAGCCGCCCAGAAGGGCUCUCCCAAGAAGGGGGCUGCCCAGAAGGCCCUGGCCUCAAAGGUCUCUAAGAUCCCUGUGAGGAAGGCUGAGGGUCAGAAGGCCGAUCGGGGCCAGAAGGACCAGAAACCCCCUGGCCAGAAGGCCCCAGCCAAGAAGGGAGCUGCUCAGAAAGCACCAGCUCAGAAGGCUCCGGCCCAGAAAGCAGCUGCUCCCAAGGCCAAAAAAUAAGGGGCUGCCAGAAAUGAAAUAAAGGUUUUGCUAUUAA